UAUUUCUCUAGGACUAUGAAAUCAUUUAGGUUUUCAUGAAAGUCAUUCUUGGUUGAGGUUAAUGAUAGUUGUAAUUAAAAAUUAUAAAGAAGUAAUUUAAAGUGUUAUUCAAAUUGUAUCUUGUGAAAUAAUGGGGACUGAACAAAUUCUGAAGUAUGAUAUAAAACAGUGUUUAAAUUUGAUCGUGAUCGGUGAAGAUACAGAGGUUAUUGAAGGAUGGACUAGACUUAAAAAGUUAGAAAAUGAAUCUGUAUAUGAACAGUUAACUAAUUACGAAAGUAUUUUACGAGAGCUAUUGAAUGGUCGAAUAAAAAAUGUGCAGGAAGUUCCAAAAAUCCUGAUGUGGUUCGCAAAAUAUCUGCCAGAGGAAUCACUGAGUGCUCAUUUAAUUUCAAAUGACAUAGCAACAAUGUUAAGAAAUACAGAAAUUAGUGACAUGUCUCAUUUAACUAUGAUACUUCAAGUAUUAUUGGAUCAUAGUGUCUACUUACCAAAUUCUGUAAAUCAUACGAAACUCUGUGAAGCAAUUAUAAUUUGUUUGUCUACUUUUUCAAUGCCAUAUGAGCCAAAAAAGAUUCUGGAGUUCAAUGACAAUGCCACUAAAGUUCAAUUCUUUUUAAAAAUAGUACAAACCACAUCGAAAAGUAUAGAAAAUAAUUUAAUUUUCAUAUGCCUACAAACAUUAUAUAGAAUUAUAUCAGAUACUAAAUGGAAACCAGAUCCUGGACCAGGGUUGGCUGCUGUAUUACAAAUAGUGGAGCCUUCUAUCAUACCGCAAGCUGUAUUUUUGAUUCUUUUUGAAUCACAUUGUGACUCUCAAUUAACCCAAGCUUUAAAAGUUCUUUGUAGUUGGCUUCCAAAGUGGAGAGGUGAUAGACUUAGCAUUUGGAUUAUGGAAUUUAUACUUGGUUUAGAAAAGCAGCACAAAUAUUCUAUACUUAUGGAAGUUACCAAAGCAUCACUUCAUGCAAUGUUUUGUGCUUUAUCUGUACCUGUAGUUCGGCAGAAUGCUUCAACAAUUACAUUUUAUGUUUUAAAAAGACAAGGCCAUCCAUCUUUAUUUAGAAAUAUAGUACGUAAUACACAAAAUGUUCUGUCCCAUUUAAUGAAGGAAGAUUCUGAAUCAAGCAAGGAAUGCUUACAAAAUUUAGUUGAUAUUAUGAAAGUGCUUAUGUUAAGAUUCCCAGGUCUAUCUGUUUUCAACAAUUUAGAAAAUAAUUUACCUGUGCAACCACGAAUGCAUAUUGUUAAGAAACUAAAGAAUGAACAUGUGUGGGUUGAUGAAGUGGAAGAGAUUGAACCAAUAAUUGAACCAAUUAAAACACAUGUCCAAAAAGUUGGCCUUUCAAAUCUUGGAAACACAUGUUAUAUGAAUAGUGUGUUACAAGCACUGUUAAUGACCAAGCGAUUCUGUUAUGAAGUACUAAUGUACAAACCUGCAAGCAAAGCUGAAGAUCAAGUUGUACUUAAGAAGUUACAAAAUCUGUUUACUUUGUUGUUGUAUUCCAAAAGGAUUUCUUUGGCACCAACUGAAAUUUUACUGGCUUCUCGUCCUGCUUACUUUCUACCGGGUCAACAACAAGAUAGUUCAGAAUUUCUCUGCCACCUGUUAGAUCUUUUACAUGAGCAAGAAAAGUCUGCUACUAUCCUCUGUAUCUUUAACAAGGGUAAGGAUGAUAAGGAAAUAAACGACAUAUCGGUAAAUGAAGGAGUUAGUAUUAAGCGUUGGACAACUGAAGAAGACUUAAGCGGUAGCAUAACUUUAGGAAGAAAAACGCAAUCAUUAGCUGAUUUUACACAAAGAGAAGAUUUGGCACAAGUACAACAACUUAGUGAUUCACAUUCAGAUUCAAGGGAUAGUGGAAUACAAUCUGUAGGUGGAGAAGAUACGAAUACACAGGUACCUCUUGUACAUAGAGUUCUAGGAGGAAAAUGCAAAAUUACCUAUCAGUGUGCUCAGUGUGAUACCAGUUCUCAUAACACGGACAAAUUUCGGGACUUGCAACUAAGCUUCCCAGAAGAAAUACAAGAGAAUCAAGAAGUUUCGGAACUAAUGGUUGGAAGAUUCGCGUACGGAUUGAGUACCGGAUACGGAUACAUGUGCGUUACCGUGUACGUAGGUGAAAUAUCACCGGCUGACAUACGAGGGAUACUAACAUCUAUGUUGACUGUAUCCGCAAAAUUCGGCGUGUUCAUCGAAUGGACGAUAGGUCCGUUUCUUUCAAUGCGAAACCUGGCUCUCGUUUCAUCGGCGGUACCUAUUUGCUUCCUCAUCGGCAUUCUAUGGAUACCGGAAUCCCCGUAUCAUUUGAUGCGUCGGGGGAAACAUGGCCAGGCGGUCAUGUCCCUUAUGCAAUUAAGAGGAAGCGCGAACGUUUCCGCGGAGGCUGACAUUAUCGAGAAAUCCGUGGAAGCUGAUCUGGCUAAUGAUACAGGCUUCCGGGAACUUUUGGGAGUUCCUGGUAAUCGCAAAGCGUUAAUCAUAGUGCUGUGUCUCCUGGUGCUCCAACAAUGGAGCGGCAGUCAGGCGAUCCUGUCUUACGCCGAAUUAAUCUUCAACGCGACCGGCAACCCACUUGAAGGUAAAUACGUGACCAUAAUAUUGGGAGCCGUGCAAGUGGUAUGCACCGUACUUAGCACGAUCGUAGUGGACCAUUACGGCAGGAGGCCGUUGCUAAUGAUAUCUUCUCUGGGCACCUCCAUCUCGACUUUUCUCGUCGGUUUGUUUUUCUUUCUUCGAAGUAUUCAAGCGGACGUCAGCGAGAUCACUUGGUUACCAGCUACGGGAGCGACACUGUAUCUGGUCAUGUACGCUUUCGGUUUGGCCGCGCUUCCGUUCACCAUGUUGAGCGAAGUCUUCCCUACGAACGUUAAGGCUCUUGGGGGCAGCAUCGGUAUGUUUGUUUGCAAUCUGUGCGCGGUUAUCGUGUCGCUGACUUAUAAAGACAUUGCCGACCAGUUUGGUAUGCACGGAGCGUUCUGGUUGUUUUCGACUGUUAGUCUUUCGGGAGUCGCUUUCGUGUACUUUUACACGCCUGAGACGAAGGGGAAGACGCUGCAGGAGGUGCAGGAUCAGUUGCACGGACGUAAAUCGUUGUGAGAAGCCGCACAUUGUUGUAUUAUGUAUUGUUUGUUUUAAUGAGGUCCAUACUUCUCUGGAGAGGUUGUGCAUUUCUUUAGGGAGUAUGUUAACAAGAUAUAUGUAUAUGGUUAAUGGCAAGAUAUGUAAUCUUGUACUAGAAGACUAGAAUUUGUAAUUGAAAGUAUUAUUAUGAGAUAAUAAUUGUAAGGAAAUAUUAAAUAAAAUUUGUAAGAUGUGUAUUUACUUUGUUGCAGGACGAUGUAUAUAUGUUAUGAAUGUUAAAUGAAAGAUGUGAUAACAAUGAGAUAUUAAUUAAUGGUUCAUGUAUAUUUUGAUAAUCAGGCUUUCGGAAAUCAAGUGGUUUAGAUUACGUAAACCGCUGUCUGACCCACGCUGCUCGUUACUACUGAUGCUAAUCGUGCGCAAGCCAUUACUACUGACAGUAGUCAUUACCCGUAUGCGAUCAGACGUCGAAUACACGUGUCACGUGCAAUUACAUAAUUCUGGAAAUUAUUUAUUAAUAAACCGUGUCUGUUACGCACAAACGUAAUGUAAAACAAAUAUUCUUGUAAAUUUUUCAAAUCAUCCGAACAAAUUUUAUAUCGUUUUUCUCCAAAUUACAAAACAAAGCUGAAAAACAGGAACAGACAAGAGCUGUACAAAUUAAUAGUUGAAUGCGUUAUUUGUUCAAAAUAUUGUACAUAUAUUUGCUCCAUGAAAUUUCAGCGAACGAACUGGGCAAAGCAGGAUUAACAUUGGAUGUGGAAAAUGAAAUAUUGUUUGGUUGCUUGUAGCCGGUAUUAAUUAACAUGCAAACAAUCAAUGCCCGUUACCUGCAGUGUAAACUGCAAAUAAAUAAAUGCCGAGACCUGAUCGGCAUUGCACGUAAAAGAUGAUUACGAAUGCUGUUUUAUUUGUAUUUCACUUGCGCGCACUUACCGUCUGCAUCGAGAAUUCGUUUGUUAUUAAUCUCUUGUUCAGCAAAUACUCGACCUCGAUGUUAGAUUAAAAUAAAUCGUCGUGUCAUCGCGGAACGGAAUAAUACAUUUGACUUCAACGUGACUUACACAUUAAUUUCCUU